AUGGCUCUAGCAGAUUUGGACGUCCUGGAAACUCUACUAGAGAGGCACGACGCGCGCAUGAGGGCUUUAGUGGAGGAUCUCUCUAACGACAUGAGACAGCUGCAGCAACAAUUGGCUCGGAAUGAAACCAACAUCACGCAAAUGCGCCGAGAUCUGGAUUUCUGGACCAUGAGGAACGAAGGCGCGGCUGCAGAAUCCUCCACGCCGCAAAAUCCUCAACCACCCCGUGCUGAACCGCAAUCUACCGGUGGUGGUGAGAUACAUGAUGCCAUGGCUCGCUUGCGAACCGCUUUCGAGCAACUUCAAUUUUCCCCUGUUGGGGCACCUUCUUCGGCUGGCCGAGGAAGAACCUCCGGAAGAAAUACCGGACUUUCUUUGAUCGAUCUACUGGAUGACCACCAAGCACGAGAGAGGGAGGAACGAGUAGAACCUACCGCCUUUUCACGUCCUCGUGAGGCAUCUCUUCUGGAUCAUCCAGUGCCCGUAUCUGGAAAUAAUGCACAAAGAUCCAUUUUACAACCUGUGAAGUUGAAAGUGGACACGUACGAUGGGAAAGGUAGUCUAGAGGAUUACCUUCUACAAUUCUCCUUGGUGUCGCAGGCACAAGGAUGGGAUCUAUCCCAACAAGCGAGCACCCUGAUCGCUUCUCUCCGAGGGGCGGCUCUAGCUGUCCUUUCGGAGAUCCCUCCGGCUUUCCGGCAUGACCCGUGUCGGCUUAUUAGAGCCCUUAAGGAGAGAUUCGGGCGGGAGCACCUAAGUGACCUGGCUUAUGUGGACCUGAAAGCCAGAAAACAGCGUCCACGAGAGGAAAUAAGUGCUUACGCCCAAGAUGUUCGACGUCUGGCUCGCAUCGCUUUCAAAGGAUGCACCCUGGACACUCUGGACUCACUGACGGUCCGUCAAUUCAUCGAUGGAUUGGCCGAUUUAGAGCUACAGGAUCUGGUACGAUUGAAGGAUCCCAGCUCGAUGGAAGAAGCUGUAGUAUCAGCAAUGAAAUAUUCCGCUGCCCGACAAGCUAACAGAGCUUCUCGCGGCGCGUUACGAUCCUCUACGUUGGGUAAGGAAUCUCCCUCGCCUUCCCGGAAAGAAUCCACUGGCGCCUGGCAAAAGAAAAAGGCUGCCGUGGAUUACAGAGGCAAUAGAAAGAAAGAGAGUUAUAAACAAAAAUUUACUAACUCAGACGAGCGAGCUAAAUCACUGGAAGCUCGUCCGGCUGGACUGAGGCAUCCUCCGGAAGUUGGUGGACAAACAUCAACAUCGAUGACACUGCACGAGAGUUCCACAGAGUCGGACUCAGAUGAUUCCGGUCCCUCUGGAGUUGCACCCGAAUGUAGAAGAGUCCGGCUGUGUCGUCGUGGCAAUAUCCCUAUGCCCCAUACCGGAAGAGGAAUGGUGGUUCAGGGAUCUCUAAAUGCGCAGAAGAUGGGGACUAUGGCCGGAACUCUUCGGUUGCGCACGUCCCCCGCUUGCAAAGUUCCUCGGAAGUCUUUGCGAAUUGCUCGGGGAGAGCUAGUGGCGAAGAAAAGUUCAAUGGGAUUACCUCCGGAAAUCGUAGUGGCCCUACCGAGGGAGAGAGAAGGCAAAUCAUUUUCACCAAGAGGAAAACGAGGAAAACGAAGGGCGUCACACAUUGUUGAACACCCUUCCGGACAACAACAGGAGAAGAAAAUGGUGCCAAACUUACCGGAAGACUUGUGGAAGCUACUGCGGGAAUCUUCAAGACAACUGGAGGCAGCAAGACAAUCACACGAGAGGAUUGAUCAGCUGAUGCGAAAACACUUGAGCGGACAGUCAAUGGAGCACUCGCGCCAAGAAAGCGGCAACCGUCAUUACUCAACACGUCCAGGAGAGAUGUUUGGCCGGGACGGCCAAAACUAAUCCGGGGAGAGUGUUGUCGCGAGACUUGGACAGGGGAAAUUCAGUCCCAUUUUCCCCCUCGCUUCACAUGGGACACCAAUCCUUUAAGGGAAUUGGCUCCUUUCCCUUAUAGGCAAAUACUUCAGGAGCCCUGCAUUGAAAUCUGAAUUAUAUCUGCCCCUGGCCGACUGGAUUCGGGGCUCUUGGGAUACAGUAAAAGUGGCAGCUCAACGCGCCCUCAAAUCACUUACCCCCAAAGGAGAUUACCAACUGCGCGAAAUACGCUGCGUUGGUACGCGACAAUCACCGCCCACACCCGUCGUCUCCAUAGCCAACAUCCAGGCGCAGCUAAACGCGCGCCAACCCAAAUUACCCUCUGUACCGCUAAGCGUACCGCGCCGAACAAUUCAGGCGGCGGCCGCCGGCGGAGCCCUAGAAUAAGAAUUAAAUAAAGUGAAGUGAAAUAGAACUUCUGCGUUCUUAUUGGCUCCCCGUCCAUUUCUGGCCAUACCUGGAAACGUCCUCCGACGACAUUAUUUUAUUUUAUUGGGAAAAUUUUUGGGCGCAGUAAUUUUUCUUUCUACAAGUUGGACCAAAAGUUAAUGCAUGUGUUUGAUGAUCUAUGUCUUUUUAUUCUGUUGAGCUAUCUCAAUGCCCUAAAACGUGAAAAAGAACUUACGUAGGAAGAAAUACCGCGAAAACUAAAAAAGUUCCUUCUUACGUUUUUAGGUCUAGCUGUCACAAUUUUUAGGGUAUCACUUUCAAAUCUGAAGCAAAUGAAAUUUUUUGAGAUUUUCAACAUUUUACUUUUUAGCGCAUUGAGAUAGUUCAAAAGAAUCAGAAGAUAUAGACCAUCAAACAGAUGCAUUAACUUUUGAAACUUUAAAAUUAACAUAAUUUUAUUGAAAUAUUUUAUUACAUUGAAUCAUAACUUCCAGAAAUGAUUCUGCAUAAUGAAUAAUGCAAUUAUUUUUUUCAUAAUUAUCUUUUUUAUGCCUUUAUGAUUUUUUUUGAAUUUCUGAAACAUUUUUUCAAUUUGUUUUCUUUUGCAUUAGUUUUUUUCUUAAAAGUGUUUUAGGAUCUUUUUUUUAUCCUUUCCCGCAAAAUUUAACAAACCUUCUAAAAAUGAAUUUAGCUAGAGAACACUGUUAUAUUAGAAAGUUGGUAGAGAGAGUUAGAUUUGUGUUAAACCAAAAAACGUUUAAAAAAAUGAAUGUUUUGUUGCUUCCCUAAAAGAGACACUCGCACGUUAUUUUGUGUACAAAAUUCCCUAAACGUAGAGUCAGAAUUUCAGUUGGACACUCUCUAAUUUUGUUUUCCAUUUUUCUUAAUGUCUGUUGUCUCGUAUUCAGUUGAUAUUGAUGCGGAGAUAUGUGAGAUGUCAUCGCGACUCCUGCAUCUCGAUGAUGAUGAAUGCAUGAAAUCGUCCGAUGUGUCGUUUGCAAAAGAAUCAUCGUCAAUGUCGGGCCAAGAAAGGCGUGCGGGUCGAAGAAGAGGGGUUAUAUCGCUGGGGAGUCUGCGGAAGAGACUGGCCGAGGGCACAAAUAUUGAUGAUUUAAUCAAUGGGGAGAUGAAGGUGGAUGCACCGGCAAAAGCUCAAAAUUGCGCCACAAUCAAAUUUUACACAGAGAAACUCUCACGAAUCAUGCGAUUCAUCAAUGUGAAGCGAGAGAGAAAGUUUUCCAUCUGUUUCGGACUAACUCUCUGUGUUUGGGGCAUUUGGCUUUAUUUUUCCGACAAUUUGCUCUAAAAUUAAAACAACAACAACAAAAUUCUCACACAUUUUAAACAUUUUACUGCGUGUCUCUCUCCCGCCUCCGCUCCCCCCAAUUAGCCCCAUCAACUUCAAAUUAGUUGUGAUUUCUUUAGCUUCAGAUAAAAAAAAAGAAAUGUUUUUUUGUGUGCAAAUGAAGUUUGUUGACCGAUUUCUGUUUUAUUUUUGUUAUUUUGUCUAUUAUUACCUUCUUUUCUAUCAAAAAAGGAAAGAUUUUUUAAAAAAUAUAUAUAUAUUUUCACUGUGAUUACCUCA